UGUCUCCCGGCGGCCCAGAGUAGUGUAGUCGGGGAGACAAGGCCAACUCGGGGAAAGUUGGAUUCACAGAAUGACUAAUCUUGAUUGCACAUACAGAUCAGGCCUCUAACUACUCCCUGGGAGCCUGCGUGCCAGCAGCUUGGAACCCACAGCCUGUCCUGGAGCCUGCACAGUCCAUCCAGACUGAAGCUGAUGUCUUCUGGAGAGACGGAAGUGCAAUCCAUCCAGGGCGCAGCUGAAUUUUGCGAGGCCUGAAUGCCUCGGCGUCCACCAAAGGACCGCUGGUACUAAUUCUCUUGGCAAACUGUGGCCAGCCAAACCUAUCAUGCUUCACAUCCCAGUUAUCCUUGGUUAUCGCCCAAGAUUGGCUCACAGAAGAGAUGAAAUGUGGUCUGAGGGACGAUAUGACUAUGAAAGACUUCCAAGAGAACGAGUACCUCCUCGGAGUCACCCCAAUGAUGGCUACCAUAGAGUAGUUAAUAUUGUGCCAAAGAAACCACCACUGCUAGACAGACCUGGUGAAGGAAGCUACAGUAGAUAUUACAGUCAUGUUGAUUACCGAGAAUAUGACGAGGGCCGCAGUUUUUCUCAUGAUCGAAGAAGUGGUCCACCUCACAGAGGAGAUGAAUCUGGCUAUAGAUGGACAAGAGAUGAUCAUUCUGCAAACCGACAGCCUGACUACAGGGACAUGAGAGAUGGCUUUAGAAGAAAAAGUUUCUACUCUUCCCAUUAUUCGAGAGACCGGUCUCCUCAUAAAAGGGAUGCUCCUUGUUUCAGAGAAUCGCCUGUAGGUCGAAAGGACUCUCCACACAGCAGAUCUGGCUCCAGUGUCAGUAGUAGAAGUUACUCUCCAGAACGAAGCAAAACAUAUUCUUUCCAUCAGUCUCAACAUAGAAAGCCUGUGCGUGUUGGUGCCUCCUACAAACGGCAGAAUGAAGGAAAGCCAGAAAGAGGUAAAGAAAGACCAGUCCAGUCUUUGAAAACAUCAAGAGACACUUCACCCUCAAGUUCAUCAGCAGUUCCUUCAUCAAAGGUGUUAGACAAACCCAGUAGGCUAACUGAAAAGGAACUAGCUGAGGCUGCAAGCAAAUGGGCUGCUGAGAAGCUUGAGAAAUCGGAUGAAAGUAACUUACCUGAAAUUUCUGAGUUUGAGGCUGAAUCCACCGCACCAUUAUUCAUUGACCAUCCAGAAGAACCUGAGUCAAAUACAACAGAUGGCACAGAAUUAUUUGAAGACAGUCAACUAACCAGUCGCUCUAAAGCAAUAGCAUCAAAAACCAAAGAGAUUGAACAGGUUUACCGACAGGACUGUGAAACAUUUGGGAUGGUGGUGAAAAUGCUGAUUGAGAAAGACCCUUCAUUAGAAAAGUCUAUACAGUUUGCACUGCGGCAGAAUUUGCAUGAAAUAGGUGAGCGGUGUGUUGAAGAACUCAAGCAUUUCAUUGCAGAUUAUGAUACUUCUGCUCAAGAUUUUGGAGAGCCUUUUUAGAAGAUUUAGUGCUCAGGCAAAAAAAAAAAAAAAAUGUUUCUAGAUUUUUUUUCCCAAUUGUUCAAAUCCUUAAUAUAUGGAAUUUUUGUAAUGAAGAGAAAUACUUUAUGAUAGUUGACCACAUUUCCAGUAUCAAAUAAACAUCUAAAAUAGUCUGCUUAAAAUAUUUUAAUUAGAAUCUUUUUUAAACAUGUAGAGGCCUCCUAAUCCAUACUCAUCCCUCCACCCAAAUGAUGGUCAAAUAAUUUUUUAAGCUUUGAAAAAGCAGUCCCGGGGAGUAGCUUUCUGUACUUACUCAUGGUCUUCCAUGGUUUAUGAUCAUUUGGUCACAGGAGUGAAAUUUACAUGUUAGAGAUCAUUUCACUUAAACAGUAGUCUUUUUGCAUUUCAUAGUGAAGAUACCAUGUGGAAAUAUUUGAAUUCUGAGUUGUGAUUUUAUUGACUUGUGCUUGUUUUUCUUAGGCUUUGUAACUUUUAAUACGUUAAUGUGUCCUAUCCUGAGUACAUUAGUAUCUUAGAGAAUAUUUGGUUUGAGAAUAAUUCUCUAUGAUAUAGUAGAGCACUUAAAAUAUCCAAGAGACACCUUAGAAUAAAAUCCUUUUUUCCCCCAAGUAAAUGAAUUCAAUGUAUCUCUUCCAAAAGAAACUCUUGACUAUUCUCUCUGCCAUGUAGUCUUCAAUAACAUCAUAUACUAGACUAAUGGGGCAAUUUUUGAUGAAUGAUAAAGAGAUAUUUUAAAGUUGAGAUUGUUUCAAAAACCUGAUCAAUAGAGGAAAAAUUUAAAAUAUAGAGGAGUACUGGAGAUUUUUUUUUCUUAAAAAGAGAUUGAUAACAUGCUCAUGAUUAAGCCAUUUACAGAAUUAUUCUUUUGUUAAUCUGUGUAAUCUGAGGAGUUCUUUUUCUGCCGACUUUUAGAGAUUCCUAGCCCUUCAAAAGUAUUCUUCAAAGAAACAGAGCAAAACAGGCAGUCAGUCCCCACAGCCACCCUCUACCAACCAGACUGUGUCAACAGUCCUUCAUCAGUGAGCAAUCCAAAUCACGAGUUAGCUAAAGACCUAACUGGGACCAUUAGAAUAUUCCACUUAUUUCCUGGUCAAUUCCAGCAGCGUGGUGCCAUUGAGCCAAAAUAUAUCAUUUUGUGACAUUAGUGAGGAAACCUUAAAAAUCAUGUUUGUUAUUACUAACCAUUUCAUUAUCCUCCCAUCCUCUUUCCAUUUCCACUCUAUUCUCACUUCAGUUCUGGCAUUAUUUUUAGUGGAUAUGCUAUCUAAAGAGCUCCCCAAGAGUAUAU